AUGCGUUUUAGUUAUUAUAUCACCGUCACCGCUGGUAUUGUUAAUUUUGCAUUUACAGAAGAAGAACUGUGCGAGGAUGGUUGGACACGACGCGAAAGAGCAGUAGGACGAGUAUGUAUUAAGGUGGUCGUAGAACCGAAACCAAUCGAAUUUGCCGAUGCCCAAAAUCGGUGUAUCUCCGAAAACGCUCAUUUGGCUGGAAUCGAAUCAAAUGACGAGCGAGAGUUUAUAACACAAGAAGCAAUGCUAAAAAUAAGCAACUUGACAAAAGAUACAAUUGGUGUCUGGGUUGCUGGAGUCCGUCGCGACAAUUGUCGGGGAUCCGACUGGAUGAACCAUCCGGGAUGUGCGGAGCAAUCGUUCGAAUGGAUCGAUCCUUUGGUUACUGGAACCAACCGUUUCAUUUUUGUUGAAAGUCGGCCCGAUGGAGUGAUGAGAGAUGACAUCCAACAGGACUGCCUUUUUCUCACUAUUUUUCCAUCGAUUCAUGGUUUGCUUGAUGAUCAAUUCUGCAUCACCCAAUGCUAUAAUUUGGAAAUGAUGUGCUACGUUUACAUAGUCUCAUAUGUUUGCGUUAAAAUGGCUGGUCAAAUCUGA